AUUGUAGAGCACUGAUUGCUCUCCCCAGCCUUAUGCUCGGUGCGCGUGUGAGGCACGGAUGAGAGCAAUAUGGCGGAAAGCAAGAGUGGCCGAAAGAAGAAAACGUCGGCUGAGCACAUGGCUCGCCUGGCAGAUAUGGUGCGAGAGAACAGCCAGAAGAAAAAGAAACCUGUUCAGGUUGUUUUCAAGAGACACCCAUCUACAGGAAUGCGGAUCCACACGUCUAAAUACAGACCUGGAAGAAAAAAUAUAAGACCUACGGCUACGGCUACAGGAAAGCGACCAGCAUGCCUGUCUCCUGAAAGAACAUUGGAAGAACGCGAGUUGUCCGGAGACAUCUCCUGGGAUAGUGAAAUGUGCACAGAAAUUGAUAGUGACCAUGAUUCCAUUUGUAAAAGUGAUGCAUUGGAUAACCUCAUAAUUGAAACCCAGAUGUUUCUGGAUAAUUGCAAGAAGAAAAAGGUUAUGUCCUGGAAAGAACGAAAGAAGAAUGCCAACAUUUGCUGGGAAUCGUCCAGGCCUAAGAUCUUCAAGGCAAUGGUAGAGAUGCAAACCCCCGGUGAAGCUUUGUGCAGUAUUUGUGAGGAGAUAUCAACACUAAUGGGAUUUUGCCAGGAACGUUUGUCUUAUCGUUCAGUUGGCAGAGUGAAAGAUAACAAUUAG